AUGGCCAAGAAACAGCAAAAGAAGGAGCAGGCGAUCUCAACGUCCUUCAAAAUUUUCCUCACAGCCUGGGCGUUUGUUGAGAAUGGAAUCUUCUCGGGGCUACGGGCCGGCUGGUCAGCGUUGGUGUAUAUUCUCAAGCAGGAACGUGUCUACGCUGAUCUGUGCUUCACCAACAUAACCGGGAAUUCCUGUAAUUCUUCCAACCAGACCACCAAUAUCAUCUCAUGUGACGAGCAGGACGCGAUCUUCAACGAAUGCUUCACCAUCGCGUCUGCUACCAUGGCGCUGAGUGCUCUGCUGUACGGGCACCUCAACUACAAGUACGGCAUUCGUGCCCCAAGGAUUCUGUCUGUGAUUAUAUUUGUUGGCGGUGCCUGCUGCUUUGCCUUCAUUGAUAAAGACACCCCAUGGCUAGUGUUCCCAGGUCUGCUGCUCAUCAGCUCCGGUGGAAUGGCUUUGUAUAUCACUAACAAUCAGCUGUCCUACAUGUACACAAGCGGAAGUGCUGCAGUUGUGGGGCUGUUGUGCGGAGCUCUGGAAGCAUCUUCUAUCGUACAGACAAUUAUUAAGAUACUUUAUGAGAAUGGCAUCAGCCUCUUCAUAUCCUACAUAACACUAGCCGGCCUUUACUGCCUUACUCUCAUCAGCACCAUCUUUUUCUUACCGAAAGACUUCAUUGACACUAAAAAACUGAUCGAGACUUCGGAUGAACUAACCAUCGAAAGUGGCCAAGACGCGCAAAGUGAUACAUUAAACAGAAAUGACGCAGCGAAACGUGGCCUUUCGGAUGCAAGAAAAAAAUCAGAUGUCGAAAUAAGAAAUGUUUUGGAUGCUUCCAACAACAACUUUGAUUCGGACACUGAAAAAAUGUUGAGUGCAGCUUUGCACAACAAUUUAGCAUCAAAUGAAACAGAGGAUGAGGAGUAUAAACAAGUAACCACAGAAGAUGGGGAUAUUGCAUGGGACCCUGUGGGAAACCAGCGAAGUGUUUAUAAAGUAGAUGACGUUGGGAAGCUGGGAAGAAGCUGGUCACACACAAAACCUGAAGUAGCACCAGAUGAAUCAGAAGAGAUUCUUCCAAAGGAUAGUACAGACUCGAAAACUGCCCGUGGUCCCGCUGACAGAUUCAAUGCAGAAAAGACACUGAUGGAGUGCUUGUUGACCAAAACGUUCAUGCUGUACCUGUUCUGGGCGGUGACCGUACAGAUUAUUUUGUCUAUGACUUUGGGAACUUUCAAUCCUUGGCUGGAGUACGUCACUAACAAGGACAGAAUCAAAGUGACUUUUUAUUAUAUUUUGACAGUCAGCGAAUUUACAGAUGUCCUGUUCUACUCCAUGCUGGGAAACACAUCAUCAGAAGACAUACGGACACUGCACACCGCCACUGUCUCCCUGGGAGUGACCAGUCUCCUGGGCGUCCUCCUCUGCGGCUUGUUUAUGACUUGUGCCAACGACGCUAUCGUGGUCACGAGUAUAGCCCUGGUCAUCUUUAGAACAGGUCUCUACAGUUGUGGUACAGCUUUUCUGCGCAUCAUGUACCCGACCCAAUUCUUUGGGAUUUUAUGUGGGAUCAUGUCAGUUCUCUCUGGCGGUCUCAGCUUCCUCCAGUACCCGCUGUUUCUAUGGAUACAGUACCGGAACCAAGCUUGGGUGGAGGUAUUUGGCUUUCUUGGUAUAACCGGAUUAAUUUCCCUGGUCCAACCAGCUUACUUGUUUUGGAAAAGUAGAGCGUUCAAAAGGGCAUCCAAUCUGGCAAAAAACAACAGCACGGCUUCCACGUCUUUGAAAGCGGACUUCCCUGGCAUUCAGGACGCCCAAUGA